AUUAUAUCAACAUAGGCUCAAUCUAAUAAGUCAAACAAUAACACAAAAUACAUAUAUGUAAAACGACAGAUGACAAAGUAGUAUUCAAAUUCAAACGCCAUACCGAAGCUAUCUACAACAGUAAGCCACUCAAGUGUUGGCAGUCGACAUUAGACAAACCAGGUGUGUAGACGCAAAGCAGUCAAGAAAUUUCGUAAAUAAAUUGUGUUACAUUUAAAAACUUGUAAUCUUUGAAAAGAAAUGCUUUACUAUAGUUUACUGUUAAUAUUACCAUUAUCCUUAUGGUCCUGCGUGAGUGCUUACGUUAUACCAAGAGACUUACCAGAGCGCGUGGGAGAUAAGUUCAUAUACUUCGGCUAUGGCAGCAAUAUGUUGACCAAACGCAUACAUAUACAAAAUCCGACCGCGGUGAAAAUUGGUAUGGGCAUAUUGAAGGAUUACCGAUUGGAUUUUAAUACCUACACGGAACGUUGGGGCGGUGCACCAGCGACUAUUGUGCCUACGCCUGGCGCAUACGUUUAUGGCACACUGUGGGAGAUAUCGUUAAGCAAUUUGGAUGAUAUUGAUGAGUGAGUUGACAUUUUUUUUAUAUG